AUGGAUGAUGAUGCUGAUGAUGAUGAUGAUGAUGAUGAUGAUGAUGAUGAUGAUGAUGAUGAUGAUGAUGAUGAUGAUGAUGAUGAUGAUGAUGAUGAUGAUGAUGAUGAUGAUGAUGAUGAUGAUGAUGAUGAUGAUGAUGAUGAUGAUGAUGAUGAUGAUGAUGAUGAUGAUGAUGAUGAUGAUGAUGAUGAUGAUGAUGAUGAUGAUGAUGAUGAUGAUGAUGAUGAUGAUGAUGAUGAUGAUGAUGAUGAUGAUGAUGAUGAUGAUGAUGAUGAUGAUGAUGAUGAUGAUGAUGAUGAUGAUGAUGAUGAUGAUGAUGAUGAUGAUGAUGAUGAUGAUGAUGAUGAUGAUGAUGAUGAUGAUGAUGAUGAUGAUGAUGAUGAUGAUGAUGAUGAUGAUGAUGAUGAUGAUGAUGAUGAUGAUGAUGAUGAUGAUGAUGAUGAUGAUGAUGAUGAUGAUGAUGAUGAUGAUGAUGAUGAUGAUGAUGAUGAUGAUGAUGAUGAUGAUGAUGAUGAUGAUGAUGAUGAUGAUGAUGAUGAUGAUGAUGAUGAUGAUGAUGAUGAUGAUGAUGAUGAUGAUGAUGAUGAUGAUGAUGAUGAUGAUGAUGAUGAUGAUGAUGAUGAUGAUGAUGAUGAUGAUGAUGAUGAUGAUGAUGAUGAUGAUGAUGAUGAUGAUGAUGAUGAUGAUGAUGAUGAUGAUGAUGAUGAUGAUGAUGAUGAUGAUGAUGAUGAUGAUGAUGAUGAUGAUGAUGAUGAUGAUGAUGAUGAUGAUGAUGAUGAUGAUGAUGAUGAUGAUGAUGAUGAUGAUGAUGAUGAUGAUGAUGAUGAUGAUGAUGAUGAUGAUGAUGAUGAUGAUGAUGAUGAUGAUGAUGAUGAUGAUGAUGAUGAUGAUGAUGAUGAUGAUGAUGAUGAUGAUGAUGAUGAUGAUGAUGAUGAUGAUGAUGAUGAUGAUGAUGAUGAUGAUGAUGAUGAUGAUGAUGAUGAUGAUGAUGAUGAUGAUGAUGAUGAUGCAUGA